CCCCGGGGCCGCCGUUCCGCCGCUCCCCGCCCGCCCGCCCGCGGGGAGGGCGCGCUGGGAGAAGCGAGGCGAGCGGAGGCGCCGAGCAGGACGGAGCCGCCGCCGGGCUCGCACCCCCCGGCCCCGGGCGAAGGCAAAGCUGACGAUUGGUGAGCGGAUGGGCUCUGCUGGGAAGGCUUGCCCUCUCACCAUGACAGCUGACAAGUCAGAAGCUGGAGAGUUAGCUCUGGAGCCGCUGCUCACUUGCAAGCUAUGUCUCUGUGAAUAUUCCCUGGAUAAGAUGACCACUCUUCAGGAAUGCAGCUGCAUCUUUUGUACAUCGUGCCUAAAACAGUACAUGCAGCUGGCAAUUCAAGACGGUUGUGGAUCUCCUAUCACUUGUCCAGACAUGGUAUGCUUGAACCAUGGGACCCUACAAGAAGCAGAGAUUGCCUGUUUGGUGCCUGUUGACCAGUUUCAGUUGUACAAGAGGCUGAAGUUUGAACGUGAAGUCCACUUGGACCCCGAGAGAACAUGGUGCCCUGCGGCUGACUGCCAGACGGUGUGCUGUAUUGGGCCGAGCGAGCCAGGAGUGCCGGUGCCAGUGGAGUGUCCAGCUUGCCACCUGACGUUCUGCUCCUCUUGCAAGGAGACGUGGCACCCACAGCGCCUGUGCCCAGAAAACCAAACUACUCUGGUACCAACAGAGCAGGGAUCACUUAUUGGAACAGAGACAGAGGCACCAAUUAAGCAGUGCCCAGUUUGUCGGAUCUACAUUGAGAGGAACGAGGGCUGUGCUCAGAUGAUGUGCAAGAACUGCAAACACACGUUUUGCUGGUACUGUCUACAGAACUUGGAUAACGACAUCUUCUUAAGACAUUACGACAAAGGCCCUUGCAGAAAUAAGCUAGGCCACUCACGUGCUUCAGUGAUGUGGAACAGGACACAGGUUGUAGGGAUCCUCGUUGGACUAGGUAUCAUAGCAUUGGUGACCUCUCCCUUGCUGCUUGUGGCAUCUCCAUGCAUCAUCUGCUGCAUUUGCAAAUCUUGCCGAAGCAAAAAGAAAAAACACAGUCUGCCAGCAACCUAA